GUAUGGAAUACAAAGGUUUACCCAUAGACGAACGAUGAUCAUAGCAAAAUUGAUUCAACAUUCUGACGAAAAUGUCGUAAAGUACUGGAUUGGAGAUCACUGUGUAGAAGUUUGCUUGAAGAGUUUAACAAAAGUUCACAAAAGGAAUAAGAAACUUCUACAGAGUGUUGUGCAUUAUAUAUCUAUACUUAUUUAGGGGAAUAAUUAUAAUUAAUAAAAAUUAACAGCGUCCGCAUAGAAUAAACAUUUAUCAUGAAAUCCUCGCGCAAACGGGAGGACUGCGGAUAUGGUUGGGUUGUUGUGGCGGCGGCCUUCGCUAUCAACUUCCUCGUGGAUGGCCUUCAAUUCUCGUCUGGUGUGCUUCUAGUGGAGUUCCUUGAUCACUUCAAGGAGUCGCACGGAUUGACGGCCUUCAUUGGAGCGGUCCAGUCGGCCAUGAUGCACCUUAUUGGCCCUUUGGCUGCAGUUCUGACGAUUCGAUUAGGAGUCCGGGUGGUGACGGUAGCGGGUGCCCUGGUAAGCUGCGUGGGCCUAGCCGCCAGUUUCUUCGCGACCACAGUGACGCACCUCACACUUACAAUGGGUGCUAUUGGCGGGGCGGGAUUAGGUUUGAUGAGCCUUCCUCCUGGUGCGCUGGUUGUCCAGUACUUUACCGAGCGAAGGGCCCUCGCUAACGGUAUCGCUGUAUGCGGUUCUGGCGUUGGUACGUUCGUUUUUAACCACGUGAUGUACGUGCUUAUAUCGGAGUUCACGUGGCGCGGGGCGGUGCUCGUGGCGGCCGGUACCGCUUUGAAUGGGGCAGUCUUCGGCCUCCUCCUGCGGCCUGCACCCGGAGGAGACCCUUCUAAAGCGGCUGUGAGCACAGACGGCAAGACUGUGAAAAUAAGUGCAUUCGGACGAAUUCCUUUCAGGGCGGCUGAAUUAGAAGAAAAAUCGAAGACAGUUAACAACCCUGUCGAAAGAAAUACUGUUGUUGCGGCAUUGCCUACUCGGGAUUUACUAAAGGACAGUCGGCUACUGCUGUUUAUGGCUUUCAGCUUUAUGAUUAGUCUUGCUUUCAUUAUUCCAUUUUCCUUUGUACCGGAUGAAGCAGUGAACGCGGGUAUGUCCAAACAGCAGGCAACUUGGCUAAUGUCCUCAAUAGGAAUUUCUAACACGGUGAGUCGAAUACUUAUUGGUUGGAUCGGAGACAAGAAUUGUGUGAACAGGCCAGUCAUGUUAGUUGCCGUGGUAGCGCUCGCAGGGUUGUCCAUCGCGGCUGUCCCCUUCCUCCCUACUUUUGCAGCAAAGCUCUUCAUUGUCACUGCGGUUGGCUUUUUCUUAGGUGGGUUUAUGAUGUUGUUCGCGGUCGUUCUUGCUGACAUGUUCGGCGAUGAGGUCCUUACCCGUUCAAUUGGUCUCUCUUACUUCACUAUAGGUCUCGCUUGCUUCGUUGCUGGGCCGAAAGGAGGCUGGCUGUUUGACAUGACCGGAAACUACAAGGCGACCUUCCUCGUUGCAGGCAGUGAGUGUCUCCUGGCUGCAGCGCUCCUCGCUUCCGCCAUCUCUCUCCACCGGAAGUCUUAUGUUAUGGAAAGUGUCCGUGACCUCUCUGGGAAAAGUGGUGGGUUGAAAAGCCAGGGGAAAGUCUUUUGUGUUGACAAGGCAGCAAAGUCAAGUCAAAUCACAUUUAUGUAGUAAUUUACGGCCACCGGCCAAUUAUACAUCAAUAUGUUUACAUCAAAGUCGUUCAUUAAUAGCAUUGCCAUGUUUUAUCUUUACAGUAUCAUGUACACUCCUUUCAACGUUUAAUAAGAUACAUGGAUGAACUGGCAUGUCUUUAACAAUUUGUUGUCAUUUUUGCAUGCAUGAAAGUUUGCAAUAGAAUACUCCACCAAAGAAUAUUGUCUACGUAAAAUAUCGUAUAAUAUCGUAUUUUUGCAUUCAAUGAAAAAAUGGUACUCAUCCUCAACUUCAUAUAUACAUUCAGCAAAGCAUAAGCACAACGAAUAUAAUCACGUACAAUUCCUUGAUGUGUACCAGUCUCUUUACUAAAUUAAUGACUAGAACAUCUAUGUUUUGCUAAGAUUUGUAUCUAAUGAAAGUUUUAAAGUAUUGAAACUAUUUUCCGAACAAAAACCUUUAACAUCAUUUUUAAAAUAUUGAAUUAUUGUUAGUAGAUAUUUGAGUCAUAAAAUGCUUUAUCGUAUCAAUUAGAAAGGUCUUAAUAAUUGGAUAUUGAGUAUGAAUGUGUUGUUGUUAAUAAUCUUUUAAAAAAUGCUGCCUCUAUUGAUGGCAGAUGACAAUUGGUUCUUUAAAUAAAUAAAUAAGGGGUUUUGAAUUUGAAAACAAGUGUAUGAAUAAAAUGUUGAGAAUUUGAACAGAAAAGGAAAAGUGUUUGCUAGUCCCUUUUUAACAUAAACUAUUACAGAACAGAUGAAGACUUAUGCCCUCUCGGAGUAACUUGAUCCACAUCCUAAAGCAUGGUAAAAGCCUCACACCCAUAACAGGCAUCUUUCAUAUUGUAUGCAUACCUUGCAUUCCAUGAUGGCAGUUUCAGCCAGUCGAGUCUAAACUAUCCUAUGGAAUACAUCAGUGGAGUAUUUGUCUAAUUUGUGCAUCAUAUAUUAUAAGAAAACACUUGUUUUUAUAAUUCUCAGACCAAUAGGUCAGCAUUGGAAACUCGAAAAGCUCAAAUUAGAUAGGUGUGAAAGCUCUACUGGCCAAAACUGAAGUCCAAAUAUCAGGUACAUGUACUCAAGUUUAUGUUAUAUAUCAUAUUAAAUUAUUACUUUCAUAAAUAGUCUAGUGCGAUAUAUAUCUAACUGAAUCUGAACAUCCUUGCCAUUAUGCAAAAUAUAUGAUCCUAUCCCGAAGAUAGCAUGAGAUGGCCGAGUUGCUUCGAUUUUAUUUAACUAGCAUAGCGACGAGUUGUAAUACUUAUUUAAUUAAUUUCAACAUUCUGUUAAUUUAAAAAUAAAUAUACAGUUGUUUUAUUGGUACACCUCAUGUCUGUAAACUCUUUUGGAAUUGAGUGAAUUAAUUAACUUUGAGACUUUGUUAUACACCCUCGUUACAUUGAACAUUAUUUGGUCUUAUGUUGAUGCAAAAUGCUUUUGUUAGUUUCUAUUUCAAUUAAUGUUAAUUCACCUACUCUUAGAUGUCUAUAUAAAUGAUAUUGAUUUCAUGUGAUGUUAUAUUAUACUAUUAAUGAUUUGCAUUGUAAAAUAUGUAUUUUACGAUGUACUGUGUACAUGUCUACAAUAAACACUUCUGUCCGA